AUGUCUGCUUCCUCUUCGACGCCGUCCUUUGUCGAGGACCGGAGGCGCUCGAGGAUGAUUCCACCACCGCCAGUCCCUAUCGCACCCUCGGUAACUCCAGCGACAUCCUUAUCGCCGUCCUCUGCAUCACCAUCCGAGAGAACUGCACCCAAAGUGGCGAUCCCGCGCCUGGAGAAUCGCAAGGAUAAGGUCCAACGUCAGAGGACACUCCGCGCUUGCGUCCCCUGUCGAGAUCGCAAGACCAAAUGUGACGGACACAUGCCCGUCUGUCGGCAGUGUAGCCUCACAGGAAGUGAAUGCACCUGGACCUGGUCGAAGCGCGAACGCAAGGACUGGGAGCUCGAGGCCGCGCGAUCCAAAAUCCACGCAUACGAGGCCCUCCUCGCCGAAAUCCUCGCCAAGAGUCGCGCCGAUAAUCUCCACUCCAUCGAGGAUAUCUUUUCGAAACACUUUCAAACGUCCCCAGAGAUCUUUGCCUCGCUCCUGGUGUCGCGCUCCCUCCUCGAUCAGCAUCUCCCACCCGCCAGACCGGGGAUUUCUCUGCGUCGAAUGCAUUUGGCUUCGACUGAUACCACCGGCUUUCAACCGUUAUGCUCCAAGCCAUCAUUCCAGACCAGUCAGAUCCAGAACUGGACCUCUUUUGUGGAUAAUGACACUGCUAGCCACCUCCUCUCCCUGUACUUUGCCUGGGAAAACCCUAGCAUAUCGUACGACCUUGGCCAGAUCACCAACCGGCGGGAGGAAAAGGUGCUUGGGAAACAGUUAUAUGAUGCGAUUCAGCGACUGUGGGAACUGGAGAAGACGGAUGCCUGUCUGCCAACCGCGCAAGGGAGCAUCUUGAUUGGGUUACUCUGUUGUACCUUCGGCAUCGACCGAAUUGGGACCCGCUACAUCCUCCACGGUGCGGAACUGGCUCAGCAGUUUGGGUUAGACCGUGACGGAGCUGGUUAUUUCGCUACUGGAAAUACCAACCUGGUUGAUCCCAUCCACCGCUGUCAGACCAUUGUCGCCUGGGCCUUUUUCGACAUUCAAGCACUCGCCGCUCAAGUUUAUAGGAAAGGGCCAGUGUGGCUCGAACCGCCAUCCGUUCGAUUCAGCCCAGGCGAGACGCACCUUCUAGACAAUGACGCGAACUGGAUCCCUUACCCCUUCGCCGGGCCAAUAUACCCGUCCUUAACCUUCACGUCGGCGUGCGCUCGGAGUGAUCUGGUUGAAAUAGUUCACAAGAUUGCCCUGUUCUCCCGCAAGUUCCCCUACUCCGCGAUAGAGGAAGAUGACUGGGUAUAUGGCUCGACACUCUAUCAACGUCUCGUCUCCUGGCGAGAGAACCUACCGACUGUCCUUCUGCCGAAGGAAACCCCUUGUCCUCAUAUUAUUUGCCUGCAUAUGUACUACCACGUUUCCGUUGUAUCUUUAUGCGACAUUUUCAAUCUCCAUUCUGAUCCGUCAAAACCCGAACCCGCCACCCGGGCUCAGUUUUCGCCCGUCGAAAUCAAGUUGCAUUCUAUGGAUACCCUGGGAUCUCUCAUACUGUUGUUCAAGCAGCACCAUGGAUGGAAGUCUAUACCCAUAGUCAUGCUCCACUAUUUCUGCGUUGCUGGUAUCCAUUCGAUCUCACAAUUGCGUUCAAAUCGACCAAAAUGGAACUUGGUCCUAGAAAGCUGUGUCGUUGGCCUCUGGUAUAUGAGUCUUGGGUGGGGUCGAUUGUGCAUGGCCUUCUUGCGCACCAUUGAAUUAGUUUUCAAGAACGCCAACAUGGAUGCACGCCUGAUCCCGCCCAAGGUCCUCCAGAUCUUCUAUCAGCUCGAUCGAAAUCUCUGGACUGCUCGAGAUGUGUCGUCCCUGGCCGCGGACUAUGUGGUUCAACAUAUUCCGGAUGAUGCAAUCCAGCAAAACGGGUCCGGCCCCGGAUAUCGCGCCCAAGGGUUGGAAAGUCUGAUCAACGCGUUGGAUCAGUUGUCGAUGCAGUAA